CACCCGGGCGAAUGUUCAACAUUUAGGCCAAAAGUGAUAUAUUGCAAAGCAGGGCUCUACGAAAUAUCUUAUCUCAUUUUUUCUGAAAGUCGCAUUUGUUUUCAAGAUCAAAAAUUUUAAUUUACCCUGUUUAUGAUUAUUUGUUCCAAAUAUGUAAUCAAAAUAUGUAAUUUUAAAACUAUUCCUUAGCGUUUUACCACAAUUCAAAACAACUGAAUUGAUUAUUGAUCUUCGUGUCGUUUACGUUCUUAUUUUGUAAAAUUAACGGACCAUACGAUCCAAUCGUCUAAAAAGACGAUGUGAUGUGAUGCAAUUCAAUCUGAUACACGCCAUCGAUCCAAUACAAACGACAACGCUGCGCAAAUAAUGCUUUGGCGAUAUGUAGACGAUGCGUUAAAAUGGAACUUAAAGCUUCAACAGUACUGUAAAGUAGUUAAACUAUAAUAUCGGGUUGACAAGCUAAACCUUGUUUACAUCAUCUUCGAUUGAAUAAGCGCUGCAAUAUAUAUUUGAACAUCUGAUAGAAAAAAACACUAAUAAUAGUGUGUUCAAUUUUCAUUCAUUUAUUGAUUUUGUUUUGUUUACUAGUUUUUACUUUUUUUUCAGAUGAAACUGUUGACAUCACUGUUUAUCAGAAAAAGUGCGACGGAAAUGUUGAUGAACCUCUUUCGGCCGCAGAGGUCCCGAUUGGUGGGAAAUCAAUAGACGACGAAUUCGAAUCUUUUAUUGCAAGCAUUGUUGGUGAAGAUAAUUUCAAGAUAUUUGCGAUCGAAAAUGUGGUGGAAUACAACGAUCUUUUCCGUGAUUUUGAAAGAAAGAAAAUAUCAUUUCAUGACAAGCCAGAGAUAAUCCGCAUUCCUCCAUUUCUAUUACACAAGCUAGAAAUGAGAGAGGCUGUGAAGACAUCUCCCUAUGGUGAAGACUUGCAUGUUAUAGGUGAUAAACUAAAGAUUUCAGAUAGACUGUUUAGACGAUUUUUUGAUCCAACUAUAAGGGAAAUCCUUAAACGCAUCGACAAAAUCUUGACAGAAGAAAAAUCCCAUGAUGUGAAUGACUUAUUUGUGGUUGGGAGUUUUGCAGAAUAUAAACUUGUCCAGAAUACAAUCCGUGAAAAGUUUGGUAAAAAGCGGAUUAUCAUACCCCAUCAGGCUGAUUAUGCUGUUAGCAGGGGAUCUGUACUAUACGGGCACAUUGCCAUGAUGCCCACGGUGACAAGGUAUACCUAUGGCUGUCAACACUGGCCAAUGUUCAACAAUAAAGAACAUCCUCUGAACAAACUUAUGGUUCUCAACGGAGAAAUCCGAUGUAAAGAUAUAUUCUACACGCUUCAAGAAAGGGGUGUUACUGUAUCAUCUGGAUACAAGGUGUCUCACCUCGUUCAGGUGUUGGUCCCAAAGGAUGGCACGCUGAAUGUCACAAUAUACGUAUCAAAAGGACAGGAACCACGGUUUAUAGACGAUGACGGCUGCACACCACUGGGAACUAUGACAGUACAUUUAGCCAGUUCAAUGCAAGGACCAGUGGAGUUGAACAAAACAUUGACAUUCCAGGACAAUGGUAUUGUCCUCGAAAUCACAGAAAAAGCAACUGGACAACUGUAUGAUACGACUUUUCCUUUUUUAUAUGGUGUGAUGUGAGCCGUAACCAAAGACAGAUAUCCAGGACAUGAUGCAUGGUUAAACCAGUCAUAUAUGACAUACUAACGUUCAAUACCAAUGAGGUAUCCCUAGUAUGAGAAACAUGUGACACAUUGUGUGACAACAGUUGUCCUUGACAUUUGCGGUGUGUAUUUAGCCAGACUGUUUAUUUUUCAUGCUUUAGAAUAGUACUGCUUACCAUUAAUUUUGGGUAUCUUUGUUGCUUACAUUAUCAUGUAACUUGUCUUAAACACUUAGAACUCACUGUGGAUAUUGGCGAACGACAUUUUCUUAUGUAUUUACAGAAUUUUUAUCUGUGAGAGGAAUAAGGGGAGUUUUGAUACACUUACGUGCUUGCAGCACAUUGUUUUCAGAUGUGAAGUUUAGAUAAUGUAAACAAUUUGUUACUCUAAAUAGGUGUUACCGUUUCAAAAACAUGUGGUAUAGCAAAAAUAUCACAUUUUUGUAAUUUAAAUAUAGGAAAUUUGCAUUUGAUAUAAUCUCAAUUGGAAUAUCACAUCUACAUACGUUAUGACAUAAAGUCCUGUAUCGAUUUUACAUGUAUAAACCAAUCAGAACGGUGUUUUCUAUUCACUGCAUUUAAAGCUGGGUUUUUCUGUUCCGCUGCAAAUAAACUCCGGUAGAAUAAAUCGUUUAUUUGUAACUAUUCAGUACAUACACUCAGUUAUAUCGAUAUCUUCCGUAAUAAAAUCCUGGCAGAUAAUUAAACACACUUUCGAUUAACAUCCAGAAACUAUUCAGAAUUUCGCUCAGCCUUCUUGUUAGGCAUAACGACAUCACAUUAUUGUGCUAAAGACUACGCUGCUUAAUCCUUUCCUGCACUUUGUAGAUGCAGCAAUAGUUUUGUUGUUGCAAUUAUUAUGUACAUAUUAGAAAAUGUUAUGUGUUUCCCCGUUGAAUAUAUAAAAUGUUACGCUCUCUGGUGCAAUAUACCGGUAUUCAAAAUUUUGCUCGUUAUAACUCGUAAAAGUGUUGAAAAUGAUUACGAAACCUGACAACAAUGUCCUAUAGAAAACAUCAAGGACAGACUAUGUAUGUUCAGUACCUAAGAGUAAAACACCUUUUUUGUUCCAAACAGUCGGUUCGAUCAUAAUCAUAAUAAACCAAACUUAACUGAUGGAAAAUCAAAAUGUUUUACUGCUACGAAAAACCCUUUCUUCAUUUCAGGAAACCAAAAACAUUGUUUGCCAUUGUCACAAUGUUAUGACGACGGAAACAGUUAAUUAUCGGUCUGACGAGCCAUGCGCAAUAUAUUAUGCAUAUGCUAGAGCAUACUUUGUCAGCUAAGUAUAUUAUCUGUCCAUUUAAAGACAUGAUCAAUGUGAAGCUAGUGGUUUAAUGAUGAAAUACGUGUUACUAAUGAUUUAUUUUUCAAUUAUGUUUUACAUUAUUUGUAUACUAUCAUCUCACUAGAUUCAAUAUAACACAUGCAGGAUAAGAGAGGAGACCCUCUGUAGUUAUUAACGAAACAUCGUUCAUGACAUUUUUAUUCAUGUUCGCAUUGCUGUCGUGUAUGAUUGUUUCAUGCUGAGUCGCCAGGUAUCUGUCACUACAUCUGGUACAUACAAUAAUAAUAAUACCGGUUUUUUAUAUUUUUUUCAUUCUGCUCAAUUUUCAUUAUUGUCAUAUAUUAUCAUGCUAAAUUUUCUCAGUAUUCUAUAUAAAAUAACUAUAAAAUAACGUAUGACGAUCUUAUAUAACAUCAUCAAAAGAAAUAAACUCCACGAUUGUAAUUUGUUUAUGAAUCACUCGUUCGAUUAAAUGAAACGAGCAUUCGGUCGAUCAGUUAUCAAUUACAUUAAAAGGAUCGGUAACAAGCAGUUCCUAUAAAAUGUAGCAAUACAUUUUUAUCAUAUCAUAAUAUAUAACAAUGCACGGUAUAUUGUUGCCCAGAUCAUCGAUAUUUUAUUGAUAUUUUGUAUUGUGCAUCUGUGAAUAUUCUCAUUUCCUGAAACAAAUAAAAAAAAAAUACCUUAUACCUCGAA